AUGGCCGGUCUCCAACACCCGUUCCAGUGUCUGCGAUAUGUCAACAGGCAGUCAGCAGGCCAAUCGGAUAUCCUUGUCGCCACUGCUGGUCGCGAUCUCUACUCUUACGAUGCGUCCAGUGGUCAGCGACUGGAUGUGUGGCCUCAACCCGUAGAUGCCAAUGCGGAGGAUAAAAGCUCUGACGCAGCUCCCGCAUCUGAAAGCCAAGCGCCCCCAGAAAAGCGAAGAAAGUUGUCUUCAACCUCUGAGGAACAAAAGGAUGCCAAAUCCGAGUCAAAACCUAAGGAUUCGAACAAAGAAGCUUCCAAAAACUCCUGGACCAACAUUCCUCUCGUGACUGUCGCCCACGGCAAAUAUGUAGUGAUCAUGACCUCUGAGGAUAAAUGUGUCCGAGUCCUGAGUUUGGAUAACGAAGGCAAACUCCAGCAAUUGAGUGCUCGUACAAUGCCAAAGAAGCUCUCUGCGCUUACUCUGACUCCCGAUGAGAACAACAUCUUGACGGGCGACAAAUUCGGAGAUGUGUACACUUUCCCACUGAUUCCUAGCGGAGAAUACGUGAAAGUCCAGGCUCCAGCGAAAUCAUAUGAGCCCUCUGCCACAAACCUCACGGUGCACACGAAGCGCAACCUUGAAUCAUUGGAGCAGCAAAUGCGGCAGGCUGCUCUAUCGAAGACCAACCAAGCAGAACGAGUGGUGCUAAACUUCGAGCAUCAACUUAUUGUCGGUCACGUUUCGUUGUUGACGGAGUUGAUAUCCGUUACCCGCCCUGCGGAUAACACGGUUGGCAAGCGGAAUUACAUCCUGACUGCGGAUCGUGAUGAGCACAUCCGUGUCUCUCGUGGUGUUCCCCAAGCGCAUGUAAUUGAGCAAUUCUGCUUUGGCCACACUUCAUUUGUCAGCAGUCUUUGUGUCCCUUCGUUCGAACCGAAGGUUCUCAUCUCGGGUGGUGGCGACAACUAUCUGCUUGUGUGGGACUGGCUCGAGAAUCAGAUCUUACAGAAAGUUCAGCUUCCUGGGUCAGAAGGAGAGACCACAGUGCGCGGCAUUUGGGAUGUUUCCCUUGCGCCUACCGCCGACAAUGCUGAACCGGUGAAGGCUAUCUUUGUCGCACUUGAAGGGUCUUCACAGCUUCUUUGCUACAGUCUCGAGAGCGACAACACGAUAACUCACCAACAUACUCUCCAGCUAUCUGGAAACGUUCUUGAACUGGUUGGCAUUGAUUCAAGGGGCUCUAUUCUUGUUGCCGUGGAUACUUUGCGACAGUCCGAUUCGACAAGUACCUGGAAGUCAUCUUCCCAACCUCCUCUCGAAUCCUUCCGGCUCAGUUCUGGAAAGUGGAUCCCUGCAGAGGACUCCAUGGUCAUCAAAAUCAACUCCGAAGGUACCUCAAGUCUCCCUACGACAAUAGAGCAGAAAGAGCAAAAAGAGCUCAAUGAUUCUAUGUACAACUUGGGCAAUCUGCGGAAGAGAGGUGACUACGACGAAUAA